AUGGCGAACAGCCGCGGGAAGCUCGAGGUCAACGUCCUCCGCGCGUGGGGGCUGAAAGACACGCAGACGUUCGGGACGCAAGACCCGUACUGCGUCGUGCGCGUGAACGACCAGCGCGCGCGCACGCGCGUGAGCGUCGACGGCGGCACGUCGCCGGCGUUCCACGAGCGCCUCACGAUGGACGUGUUCGGGCAUCCUCCGCACGUCUUCGUUGAGGUGCGUUCUAUACACUGGUCCCCAUACGACCGCGUUGGCGUGGUGAACGCCGAUCCUUAA